AGAGGCUGGACGAGGAGAGGAUAUCUUUCAUGAUAAGUGGACUUCUAACAGAGAGAGAUCCACGGUGCACUUGACACAAAUGAAAGAAGAAUCCUAAAGCCAGCAGGAUGCCUGGACUCAUUAACAAGGAGAACCAGUGUGCUCUGCCCCUCAGUGUGUCUGACAUCACCUGCUGCGUCAGGGGUUAUACUCUGGCUCUGACGGCCUCUAUGACCUACGAGAAUAUUGAGGAUCAUGCAAUUGAGGGUAUCUUCAUAUAUCCACUGGAAGAAAAUUCCAUUGUUGUUGGGUUUGAGGCUAUGAUAUCCAGUCAAAUAAUAACCCUGCAAAUAAAAGGCAAGGCAAAACUUGAUGAUUGUUAUCAGGACAUCUGCCACACUGCUAACGGGGCUCUCCAGAGCGGCACCGCUACAGGGAACAUACUGGUGGAUGAGGACUUUGAGAGGACUGUGCUAGUGGUUAACCUUGGAAUUAUCCCCCCAAUGGAGACGGUACAUAUCCUGGUCAGCACGUCGUCUGAGCUCACCACUUUGCCCAGCGGCGGUAUCAGGGUCUCAUCCCCACCAGUUUGUACUCCUCGGGUUCAAAGGACCAUCAACGAAGAGCAGGGAUUGUCGCCAAACUUCUCCCGAACUCGUGAAAGACCCUCUUGUGCCUCAAGUCCUCACGACCAGAAUCCAAACGCCUCUCCGCUGUGGCUGGCAACGCUGCUGGAGGAUGAGGCCAUAAACUCCAUGGACUAUGAAUUUAACUUCCAGCUGGAGAUUCGCGCUCCAUACCUUCUCGCAGGAGUGGAGAGCCCUUCUCACGCCAUCCGAGCUGAUGCAGACCCUCUGGCCCGCUCGGCAACCAGCGUCGUCAUCACACUGGCUGACAAGUACACUUACGACUGCCCUGUUGAAAUACUCAUCUACCCCAGCGAGCCCCAUGUGCCGCACGUUCUUGUCGAGAAUGGAGACAUGACGCAGGAAGAGUACGACGAGUUUCUUCACAGUCGGAGUGAUUUCAUCAAAGCAACCAAGAAGGACUCCAGCAAUCAGAGGAAAGUAGACGUCAUUCACAGACGGCUGCAUAAGGACAUCCUCCACAACCCCGUGGUCAUGUUGAACUUUUGUCCCGACCUCAAAUCCAUCUGCUCAGACCUGAGGAAAGUUCACGGCGAAUUCAUCUUCCUUAUUGACAGAAGCGGCAGCAUGAGCGGACUCAACAUCCACCGUGUGAAGGACGCCAUGGUAGUUAUCCUGAAGAGUUUGGUGCCUGGAUGCCUUUUUAACAUCGUUGGAUUUGGAUCCAUGUUCAAAUCACUCUUCACAACCAGCCAGAACUACGAGGAGGAGGCCCUGGCGCAGGCUUGUGAUUACAUCAGGAAGAUGAGAGCUGACAUGGGGGGCACCAACAUGCUGGCGCCGCUCACCUGGAUUGUGAGGCAGCCCACGUUCAGCGGUCACCCCAGGCUGCUCUUUCUGCUCACCGACGGAGCCGUCAGCAACACAGGCAAGGUUAUUGAGCUGGUCCGCAGCCACGCACGCUAUAUCAGAUGUUUCACAUUCGGCAUUGGACAAAAUGCAUGCCGGAGGCUGGUGCAGGGGUUGGCGGCUGUUUCCAAAGGAACAGCUGAAUUCCUGGCUGAUGGAGAGAGGCUGCAGCCCAAGAUGAUAAAGUCACUGAAGAAAACCAUGUCCCCAGUACUCAGUGACAUUUCCAUCGAAUGGCUCUUUCCUGAAACCAAAGAGGUGCUGCUCUCCCCUGUUGGCAACACCUUCCUCUUUCCAGGAGACAGUCUGAUUGGCUACAGUGUGGUGUGCGACACUACCCGUUACCACAACAACCCCAAAUCUGAUAAAAGGAGGAGAUACAGUAUGAUGCGCUCCAUUGAGUCAGCCAGCUCGGUGUUUUACCACUCACAAGAGGAGGAGGUGGGGAAGACGGGAGCGGGCAGUCAGGGGUCCCACUGGGAAGCACCCUCCGGCACGCUGCAUGACUCCUACCAGGACGCCAUGACAGAGAGUGGCCUUGUCAUCACAGAGCCAGACCUCACAGAUGACACAUCACCAAGGAGACGUGCAUACAGCACAAAUCAGCUCAUGGACUACAACCCAGUAAAGAAAUCCUUCACUCCCAGUGACCCCAACUCUGUGGUGCCCAAGAAUCCCCUGAGGAGGAGCAAAGUCCAGGACCUGACUGGCCAGAUAAGCCCUGAGCAAGAAAUGCACUGGAAGAACGACAGCCAGCCACAGCUGGCUGGUCUGUGCGCCCCGUCCUUCAGAGGGCGACCUGGCACUGGUCACAAGCCGCCUCCACAGCAGGAGGAUGACUCUGAGCUUCAUCCCCAAUCCCAGCUACAGGAUGGCCCUCAGCCAAGCAACAGCACCGGGGUGCCUGUGGCUCGCAACCCUGCUGGGGAUGAUGGGUCCAGAUCGUCCACAGACAGCCCCUCUGUUGGCAGCAUUGGAGACACAGAUGGAUAUGGCCACCAAAUGUGUCAAGCAGAAACCCCUCAAGAGACCCACAUGUCACAUCUGGGGACCACCAGCCAUCACAAAGGAGACUGCAAAGCAGUGGUGUCAGGAUUGCUGUGUGGGCAACCCAUGAAGUGGGAGGUGGUUUUUGACAUCGAGCCGUUUUUAAGCGGCCGGGAACGUGAGGAAAAGGUUCACGAGGAGCUGUGGAAUGAGACGUUUCACCACCUGGCUGGGAGCUCCAUCAUACAUGACUUUGAGCACAUGGCCGAUAAGGAGUCUGAGAUAGAACAAGGUUUUGGCAGGAAGUACCAGGUUUACGUUAUUCACACUAGCAAGGCCUGCAAUAUACUCAGCAAAUACACAGCAUUUGUCCCCAUUGACCUGGACACCAAUGAAUAUUUGCCAACAAGUGUUGAAUGCAUUAAUGUGGGUGCAAGCCUGAAGAGGGGCUCCAGGUCUCGUUCAGGAAGCAGGAAAAACAGAGGAUACUCCAUCGGGCUCGGUCGUUCUCAGUCCGGCGGCAUGUCAGAGGAAGCCGAAGAUGUCCUCCUGCCUUACAAUGCAGAGGACGGCUUCUCUCCAUGCAGCACCCCUUCCUCUGCUGGCUGGGACAAAUGCAGCUUCACAGAGGUCGCCCCACAAAGGAGUCCGUCUGUUACAUCAGACCAAUCACAGAAAUCGGUGGAGAGUCUUUUUUCUGCCAGGCUCGCCCUCAGCAGGACUCGCCUCCUGACCCGAGCUGCUAAAGGAUUCAUGUGUCGAACGCACAGCAAGUCUGGCGAUUCAAUAGGAGAAAGUGAAAACGAGAACAAAGACUACAUUCCCCUGGUGUUGUUGCAGUUGGCGAGCGGCGCAUUUCCCCUGGAUUCAGCUCUCUGUGAAGCCAUUAACGUGCCGAUGGACAAGCUGAAGUGGACGUCGCCUUUCGCCAGCCACCGCUCCAGCCUAGGCCACCUGUCUCACUCCGGCAGCCGACGCACUGACAGCACUGAUGACGGGUCCAGAUCGCCGUUUGAGCCAGACCCUUAUCAGCCGGCAGCAGAUCACUCGGCUGACAUCAACAGCCCCUCUUAUCCAUCCAGAAAUGCCUGGCCGGACGCGGGCCAGUCCACCGCAAUUGAACCCCAGUUUUUCUCAGGGGGCUCAGAAACGGCUUCACCUGGCAGCGUGAUGAAGAGGAUGCAGGAUCCGGAGAGCAUGGUGUGGGCAACGGCCGUCGCCCUGGCCUGGCUGGAGCACAGCUCUGCCAGUUAUUUCACAGAAUGGGAGCUGGUGGCGGCCAAAGCCAGCAUGUGGCUGAAUGCGCAGGACAUUCCAGAGGGGAAAGAUUUAGCCUCCAUCAAGGCUGCUGCCAAUCAGCUCUUCAUCAUCCUCAGACACUGGGAUGAAAACCUGCAGCUGAACAUGCUCUGCUACAACCCCAGCUCUGUCUGAGGCCUUACAC